UCUGUGCGGACGCUCUUUCUCUGCGCUCCUCUCAGGCUCCCACAGCCGAGACCCGCCCGCCCGCCGAAGCCCAUUCAUACAAACACACCGCGAGAGAAAAAGACCGAAAACAAACAAAAAAAGAAAAAGAAAAAGAAAGGAAUAUUUAGAGCCGGAACCAGUGGAAGGAAUACGCGUCUCUCAAGCAAAAGCCCCUGGACGUGUUGACAUCAUGAGGAUCGUCAGCGCCGCGCUCCUGCUGCUUCACGCCUUGGUGGCGUCCAGACUGGCCAGCGGUGCCGCAGUUGACAGGUAUGAGAGCGACAGGAAGCGGCACACGGCCGUCAUCAGCUUUGUGGACACGACCAAAGACAGGAGGGCAGAGGAGGAGGGCAGAGGCGCGACAACAGUGGAGUACGGACAGGAGGGCGAGGACGAGGUGUACAAAGAUGAGUACUACUACGAAGACGAGUAUGAGGACGGCCUGUCUGGAGACUACGAAAUGGAACUGCCACGAGUUGCCAUGUCCAGCAAACCCAACGACCCGUCCUCCAUCCUGGAGACGGAAAGCCCAGAAGGAAAGAGGAGGAGGGGAAAGGGAAGAAAGAAGGCGAAAGGCAAGGGAAAGAAGAGGAAUCCUUGCCUGAGGAAGUAUAAGGAUUUCUGCAUUCACGGCACCUGCCAGUACCUGAGGAACAUCCGUGCCCCGUCCUGUGUGUGCCUACCGAAUUACUCAGGCGAGAGGUGUCAGUUCAUCACGCUGCCCGUGCAGUCCCCCGAGGGCUACAACCGGACCACGGCUCUGGCCGUGGUUGCAGUGGUGCUGUCGUCCGUCUGCCUCACCAUCAUUGGCCUUUUAUUGAUGCUCAGGUUUUACAAGCGGGGAGCUUACGACGUGGAAAACGAGGAGAAGGUCAAGCUGGGGUUAGCGCCCAACCAUUGAAGAGACGAUGAGGGGCAAAGAUGCAGAAAUUCUACCUCAAAAUAGAAAAAGAGAAGUGAACCACGAAAGGAGGUCCUACAGGAAAAAGGAACGUACAUGAAGAAAAGGAACAGAGGGUGUUGUCUGUGUGAUCCUCCGCUGGACGUUCAGGUGAACGUACUCCUGUAGAACCUCAGAAGUAAACGGGCCGUCUGAUACUGGAAUACUAAAAGGGCCCAGACGAUGGAGCGGAGACGUGACAAGCGUGAGGUGAUGAAGACGAAGGAACGGGGUGAAGAUUGGACAAGUCUAGACUCUGUGCUGCUUCUUGACUGUGUGAAAAGUCAUCUCAGACUGAACUGAACAAGAAACGUUUUUUUUUUUAACAACAAUGAGCGCUCAACCUGGAUUUUUUUUUUCCUGCACAAGUCCAUCUUUUUCUUUCUGUACAGUAAACAGUAUAUUUAUAAUUCUAAUUUAUUUAUUUAAGCUAACUGUAUUUAUAGAGAUUUUUAACCACCUUCAGCAGUAAAAAAAAAAAAAAGAAAGAUGUUACAGUUGUUUUUAUAUUUCUUAUUGGACGGUAUUUAUUUAUACACACGAGAGCAAACAAUGCUGAAGCUCCUUCAGAUAUCAAAUAUCUCAUGAAAAGAGAAAUGAUGCAUAAAUACCUUAUUUCUGGCUUUAAUUGUGGAACUCAGUAGAAUGAUCGAUCGCACUGUGAUAAUAAAUUGAUCAUUGAAUUGACAUUAUCUUUUUUAUUAUUUAAGGGGGGGGGGGGGUCAAUUAAAGCAGAUUUUUUCAGGAAUGCCCUGCUCACACUCACACAGUUGGAUCUGUCAGUCUCUAAGCAGCUCCACUGUAGAUGGUGGGGGUUUAGGGCCUUGCUCAAAGGCACUGAGGUGGUGGCAAUGAGCGAGGGGGGAGCCCAACUCUUUCACAUUCACCCGACCCAGAUUUAUCCUGCAGGUUCGGAGAUCUUCAGGCCGCAUUAGGCUUAGUGUUAUGAGUCAGUGUAAUGACAUAUUGAUACAGCUCACUGGCUAUGUAUUAAUUAUAGGCAACGUUAACACUGUGCACUCGGCGACUGUAAUUGCUAAGAAACAUUUAAAAGGGAGUCAAAAAAAAUAAAAUGCACUGUAGCAAGAAUUUGGUAUGAAUGUGUUGUACUGUCUUGUCUUAUCAUCAUUGCAGAAGAAAGUCCCUGCGAUCAGAGUUAAGCUGUCAAGGGUAAAAACAAAAAAAAGUGAAUUAAAGUGUUCCACCCUUUCAAACCCUGUCCUGCAGUUUUGAAGUGAUUUUUAUUUAUGUGAUUUCUUUUCCAGAGCAUAAUAAAAUAAGGAUUAUUGGAUUUUU